AAAGAACAUUAAUCUACCUAUCGACAAAGUUCAAUGAACUUUGGAGCUGUCAAAUACGUUUACAAUUCUUACAAAUAUAUUUUUAUCUUAUUAUUUAUUGAUAAGUAUAUACUUUUGUAACCCUAAGAUUAACCUGUAAUAUUUCGUCUAACGCUUAAAACCUCAUCAAAAUGUCUACGACUCAUAUAUUCAAUGUAGAAAUGACUUGUGAAGGGUGUUCGGGUGCUGUUGAAAGGGUGCUUAACAGAUUAAAAGGCCAAGGAGUAGACAAUGUCUCAAUCUCACUACCAGAACAAAAAGUAACUGUAACUUCAACACUUAAUGCUGAUCAACUACUUGAAGUGAUAAAGAAAACAGGAAAGAAAACAACAUAUGUUGGGGUACAAUAAAAGUUUUGUUCUGUUGAGGGCAAAUUCAAAGAAUGUUGUGUCAAAGAAAAUUGUUACCUGCUAGCCCUUGUGAUCUAUUGUUUUAUUUGGAUAAAAAAUGUUUAUUUUACUGUUAAAUUAUGUUUCAUAUAUCAUUUCCAUGUAAGAUAAUUUUGAUGCAGCUUUACAUCAUAUAAAUAUAUCAUUAAUUAUUAAAAAAUGUUUGAGCCAGUA